GAAACAGCAAGCCCCCUUCACAAGCCCAGUCCGAUUACCGACCACCGCCGACGACUCACUCACCGCCGCCAUGUCCUCACGCCAUCGAGGAGGUUAUGACGAUGAUGACGACGACGACAUGCUCAUGAAGGCACUGCUGAUGAGUGAGCCUUGUGGGAACUGCGGAAAACCCGGCGCACAAAUCCCGUGCAUGAGCGGUUGCGACCAAGUGUUUUACUGCUCGCGGGAAUGCAACAUGCUCCACGCCUCAUCGCAUCGGUUGCAAUGUCGCAACCUUCGGUGCUCCAAGUUUAAUGACAGUGAUUCGGAAGACGAUUCGAGCGACGAAUCGUACGACGACGAGUCCGGGGACUCCAGUGACGAAGACAUUCGGCCUCCGCCGCCUGUGUCAAAAGGCAAAGCAUCCUCGACCGCUAACGGCAAGGGUGGCGCAGCGAUGAAGAAGAAGGAGAGCAGUGGUAGUAGCUCCCGAAUUCGAGUAGACUCGGAUAUGGAUCGCCGCAUUGAGGAGAAGAUGGAGAAGGUCAUCCGACGGCUCAAGAAGCAAGAGGAGAAUCGCAUCGCGCAAGCGAUCGAGGCGCAGAUGGCACAAGCAAAUGCAAACUGGACAGACGCCGACAUGAACCGCAUUGCCAUGGAGGUGAAGAACCGACUGCAAAAAGAAAUGGGUCACAUGUUCAUGGCCGGGUCGAGCAGUCGAUCGCGAAAAAACAGCAUCACGAGGGAAAGUUUGUUGCAGUCACGUCAAAUCACGUCGAUCGCCGAAGAGACGCAGCAGCCGAGCAACGGGAGCAGCAGGGGCGGGGACCUUCCCCAAGGAAGUCUUUCCCGCAGCAAUUCGUCUCGACAAACUCUCGGUCAGGAAAUCUCACGGCCAGCUCCGUCGUCGCGAUCCAAUUUGUCGAGAGAUACUGCUCCUGCACCACAGCAGCAGCUGCAACCCGAGGUAUCGGCGCCGACCAGCAUGCCUCUCACGAACUCGCGGGACAACUUGACGUCGUCGACCCGCAACAUCGUUGUGGACGCUGCACCAGUGCUGGAAAACGGAGCGUCGUCGCGAAUUUUCCAUGCCGACGCGGCGGCAGUGGGCCCUCCCCCAGCGUGGAACAACAAGUGCGCCGCCUUCCUAUCGUUGAAAAUUGUCGUGUGGAAGCUCGAGUUCUUACCUCAGCUCAAAUUUGGCCGCAACGACGUGGACGGAAGUUGGAACAAGGUGAUCGAAGUCGAUGCGGACGAGUCGUUCUCCCACGUCGAAGUCGGGGACCUCCUCAUGUCUCUCAAUGGACAGCACGUUGCGGGCCUCGCCACCGACGACGGCAUGAUUCAAGAGAUGCUGCAGAUGACCCACGGCAGCCACUUAAUUCUCAAGUUCAGCACGACAAAGCCCUUGAACAACCCCGUCAAAGAAUACUCGGUGCGGUGGGGCAACGGGCCGCUCGGUCUCACAUUAAAGGACGAUGGAUCGCCUGAGGCCCUACCAAUUGUGCAUCGCCUCACACGCAAGCCGGGGUCGGUCGCACUCAAGGAGAACAUUGCAAUCGGGGACGUACUGUGCGCCAUCAACAACAUCGACACGGUCCAACUGGGGUGUGCACUCACCAUGUCGGUUCUGAAAAAGGUGCAGCUCCCGGCUACGCUUACAUUUCGUGGAGUUGGUGGGAAUCACGGCAGCAGCUCGGGCGGUCCCGACGCCGUUCCUGCACCCGGCGGGGUCCAAGUGUCGCGCGAAGUCGUUCGAGUGCCCAGUUCCAAAAACGUCGGAGUCCCUUCCGUUCCACCUGUACUUUCGCCAACUCCCGGAGCCGUGUACACAGUCAACUGGACGGUCGGUCCACUCGGUCUCACGAUCAUUCCGGGUCUUGCCGCCGGCGAGCUCCCCGUGAUCAAGCGUGUGACGGGCAAGGGCGAGUCCCCCGGCAUUGAAAACGCCCAGGUCGGCGACUUUUUGCUCGCUGUCAACAGCCAGAGUGUGGCGUCCCUUGGGUUCGAAACCAUCGUCGAAAUGAUGAAGUCGUUGCCAAAACCAAUCUUCCUCGAGUUCCGAUCGGCCCAAAAGUCCAACCACGUGCACUCCAGCCGUGGUGACAAGCCGGAACGGUCGCGAGCGGACCGACCCAUGCGAAAUCUGCCCUCGCCGGCUCCUGAAGUCCCCGUUGUCGCGCCCCCCCCUCCUCCUGCACCGACUGACUGUGUCCGAUCGAAUCAAUCGGCGGUGACGUCCAGCGUCCGCAGCUCCCCUCCUCCUUCGUCCAAGUGGCUCCAGCAAACGAACGGAGAGGAAGUGGACAUUGACGUGCCACCAGCGCCUGCCUCAACGUACUCGGUCGUGUGGGGUGCCGAUGGCCCCCUGGGGCUAACCAUCGAUGCGAUCCCGCACGCCACAGGGGCCUUUAUUAAACGAUCCAACCACACGGGGGCUGCGGCACAUCUCCCAGAGGAUUGUGUCGGUGACGAAAUGACCCAUAUCAACGACAUUGACGUCACCCAAAUGGACUACAGCCGCAUCGUGACGUACUUGCGCAAGGUGCCGCGACCUGUGACCCUUCGCUUCAAGAAAGACUCGAUCGUUGGAAGGGAUUCGGUCUCGAACGCUCCUGGUAUCCAGACACAGACCACCCGGUUGUCUGCGUCGACUGGUGCCCCUGUCAUGCGUUCGGCUAGCGCCAACUCAAUCCAAACGCCAGGCAACCAAUAUGACUUGUCGUGGACGGACGGGUCCCUUGGCUUGUCGUUGCACGCCGCCGACGACAAGUCCGAGUACCCGUACAUUACGCGCGUCACGGGGGUCGGGUGCGCGGCGCAUCUCCCGAGCACUGUCGUGGGCGACCAGUUGCGAUAUAUCAACAGCUCGUCGUGUCAUUCGAGUGGCAUGACUUUCAACGACGUGAUGGAAAUGCUCAAGACGCUGCCGAAACCCAUCCACUUGCGCUUCCAAAAGACCGACGAGAAACCGCUGGCCCCUCGCAGUCACUCUGGCAACGGCACGUACCCCCCUGUCAACCACUCCACAACGUUGUCGAGCAAUCAUAGCACGUUGCUGAGCAACGGAACAACGCUCCAUCCUGCCAACGGAUCGUUCAACUCGGGUGGUGACGACGACAGCACGGCGCACAACAUGCUCACGCCGUUCGCCGGAGCGCCAAAGCUGUCCACAGGUCGACGUCAGAAAAUUGUCAAGCAGUUGAAAAAGUAAUUGUAGAGUUAUCGGGAAACGACCCAAACGAUCCCUAGGGGUGUUUGAAUUCCUAUCGUCGUAGUGUCGACGGCGAGCGAAGCGGCACAUGCUGCCCACACCACCGAGCCGCUCGUUCCAUCAACUGUCGUGAUAUCUCGUACAACGUUCGAGCAGC